ACCAUCGCCCCCACGUAUCGCACGCAGGAUUCGGGAACAUCUGCAUGCCUGGUGGAUAAUAAACAUUAUUUUCUUUUUAAAUACAGCGAAAUUGUACCUACAUGUAGCCCUCUGUCAUAUUCUCUUAGUGCAUAUACCGAAGUGAAAUAGGUCACAAACUGGCCUUUUAUUGCCCCCAAAUGCCCAUGUUGCGUUAACAGUCGGCGCUAACCUUAGCUAGCUUGCUAGCGUCAAAAAAAGAUUUUCGGGUCCGUCAUUAGCCAGCUGCACAAAACAUGAAGCGCACGGGGAGGAGACGGAGCUCUGUUUGGGACUGCUUUGAGCAGGUGGGGAGCUUCGUCCGCUGCACGAAAUGUCACGCUACGCUGAAGUACUGCGGCGGAGCCACCAGCUCCAUGAUCAACCACAUGAGCCGGCACCAUCAGUCAACGACGCCGCUAGACGAAGACGAGAAACCGGUGAUUUGUACCGUCCAGUGCAUCGAGGAGGACACCGCGAAUUCGGACAUCAUGCAGGUUGCUAUCAUGUCUCCCAACAUGAGCAUUAGCAACGUUAGCACCCCCGCUGAGCGUGACUACGGAGAGAGGAAGCGCCUGAAGCGGAGCUCUGUUUGGGACAUUUUCGUCAAAGUGGACGACGAGGUUCACUGCACGAUGUGCGACACGAAGCUGAAGUACAGGAGCAGCACCACCAGCAUGAUGUACCACAUUAAAAACAAACACCCGGACACCAUGCCGAAUGACGGCGUGUCACUGGCGACGCAUGCAGAGGUCACUGAGCUUAUCUCCAGAAUGAUAGAGAAGGACAUGCUUCCCAUCAGCAUGGUCAGUGGGGAAGGUUUUCGCGAGCUCCUUGCAUACACUGUGCACAAUUAUAAAAUGCCAUCUGCUGGAGAUAUUACACGUCUAAUUGAGAGCCAUUUCCACGAGAAGACGGAGGAGCUUGUGGGGCAGCUCGGUAAAGUGGAGAAAGUGGCUCUCACUGCUGAUUUCUGGACAGCCCUCCCAUAUCAGAGGUACAUGACAGUUUUCUGUUCAUUCAUAACAGAGGACUGGCAGGGGAGGUCGGCUGUGCUACAGACACACAAGCUAUCAACAGACAGCCACCUAACCACAGCCACUAUCACAGAGAGGCUUCUUAACACUGUUCAGGCCUGGGGCAUUGCUGGGAAAGUGACGGCGUGUGUUCAUAACAACACACACAACAUUCCGCCAGCUCAUGCGCGCACCCACGUCACCUGGGACUACGCCACCUGCUUCGCCACCACGCUGCAGCUCGCUGUCACUGAUGGGCUGAGUGAGGAUCUGGUCCGCAUCAUUGCUGCCGCAGGGAAACUAGUCAAGCACUUCAAUCACAGCAUGCUGGCAAGCGAGGCCCUGGAGCAGAAGCAAGUUCAGAUGUGCCUGCCACAGCACAAGCUUAUCCAGUCGAGCAAAGCCAGAUGGGACACGAUCUGCGAUAUGUUUGAGCGGCUACUUGAGCAACGGUGGGCAAUUAAAGCCGUCCUUUCUGAUCGCACAAUCACCAACAGGCAGGAAGCCCAGACACUUGAAAUUGAAGAUGACUGCUGGCAAAUAAUUGAGAAUUUCACACCUGUGCUGGCGACGCUGAAAUGGGCAACAACAGUCAUAUCUGCUGAAACAGAAGUGUCCAUUUCAAACAUCUACCCAAUCACGUUCAGCCUCAUUCAGACCCAUCUUGUGCCCAAAGAGAAUGAUGUUGAACAGGUCUCUGAGUUCAAGCUGAAAGUUCAGAAGUCACUCAGAAUUCACAUGGAGGUUGACUCAAACGACCUCGCCUCCAAACCAGCUCUUAUUGCCUCGAUGCUGGACCCGCGUCACAAGCAUCUCAGCUUCCUGACACCAACGGGGAGACUAGCUGCAAAAGUUAAACUGCACGAACUGGUUUCAAAAUUAGAUGCGAUAACUGCUACUGUGGGCCCAAAGGAUGAACAGCAGGAGACCCUGAUCACACCUGAUAUUAGCCAAGUGGCUCUGCCCUCACAAAUGAGAAGUGACACCAAAAACACCAUGAUGUUGCUCCUGGGAGACAACUACAGUUCCUCGUAUGCCACGGACUCUGAAGCUCAGGUAGACUACUACUUGAGAGACAUCGCUCCCUCGUUGGACAUAAACCCUUUAGAUUGGUGGAAGGUAAACGGACCAAGAUUCCCCAAACUGGCCACUCUGGCGAGACACUUUUUAUGUGUGCCUGGGGUGUCACUGCCGUCUUUGUUGUCAGAAGCUGGACAAACAUUUGCCACAAUGCGAACGCGACUGAGCUCAGAGCAUGUUGACAUGAUGAUCUUUGUAAACAGAAAUACAUAACACGUAUUAGAUGAUGCGAAAUGUGCACUAGAGAACAGGUUACUCUAGGUCAGUGUAGGUCAGGCUAGGUAUACACCGAGAUGCCACUGAAGUCUGAUAUGUUGUAUAUGCUGCUACUAAUAAAUGCUACAGUCUUUUUCUGUGAACAAAA